AUGAGGGUUUUUGGCGCACUACUCGCACUCUGCUGUAUGGCAUUAGCUGUUCAUGGGAAAAAGACCAGGCUUUCAGACCUUGCUUCACUGGCGAAGCCUCGUGACUUCCCGUAUUUCGUUGCAUUUUUCGUCGACGAGACGAUGUUUUGCGGAGGUGCUUUGAUCAGUAAGACCCAUGUGCUCACAGCAGCUCAUUGCCUCGUAGACCUGUUCAACGAUCCAUACGUCUUUGAAAGAUUGCACGUAGAGGUUGGAGCCACGUCAGUUGGCUCUGGAAAAACCCACAAGGUUAAAAGAGUUUCCUACCAUCGUGGAUACGUUAAUUCUAUCUACGAUUCUCGACUUUUGCCCAAUGAUGUCGGCGUUGUCACGCUGAAAACCCCCGUCACCUUGUCCAACACUGUCAAGAUUAUUGACUUGCCUAGCCCUGGAUUCGAGGUUCCCUUGAACGGCCAAGUCAAAACUUGCGGCUACGGUAAUGCUCGUCCAGACGGGCCUACAUCCACUCAACUGAAGAAAGACAACUUCUACGUCAUCAGUCGCCAGGAGUGCAGCAUCCACUAUCAAUCGGUUCUUCGCAAGAGUAUUUCCAGCUCUCAGAUCUGCGCCAAGAGCAGUCCAGGUUAUGGAACUUGCCAGGGCGACAGCGGCAGUCCUCUCGUUUACCAGAACAAGGUGGUCGGCAUUGUUUCUGGAGGAGACGGUGGAUGUGCCGAGGGUAGCCCCGACGUCUACACCAAAGUAUCGAGCUUCAUUCCCUUCAUUAAGUACGAGAUGAAGUAUGACUUCAAGACGACCGAAGGUGCUAAUAGCCCCGGUAAUUCGCUCAACGCGAACGACGUCGCUGGCCCGCCAGCUUUUCCUACCGAAGAGGACCCCUUCAGUAGUUGGACGGAAGCUUGGGAAACUUUCCCACCACAGCCUUUAGACCCGAGCAUCAAUCCGAGCUGGGAAACCGAGGGUGAAUUCCCAACCUUUCCCCAGUACGAGCCACAAGGUGGAUUCAUCCCUGGUUUCGGGAAUAUUUACUAG